CACGGAAUUUGCUAGACGCGUUCGAACAGUGAAAGCAGCCGCAGGUUUCCUCACCCCGCCCCAAGCCCCGCCCACCGCUCAUCUCGCGGAAGUAAUUUCCCGCUGCGCAUACUGGGAGGUGACUGCCGGAAGUGGGGCAGAAAGGGAGCAGCGGCGGAGGUUAUAAGCCAUGGCAGACCUGCAGAAUCUAGUUGAUCGCCUGGAAAAGGCAGUGGGGAAGCUGGAGCUUCUUGCAGGAGGCUCAGGAGGAGGUGGAUCUGCAGACACUGCACAGUUUGUUCAGGCCUAUGAUGCUCUUGUUAGCAGAGCUGUAGGAGAAUUUAUGAAAAUCAGCAAGGAAAUAGGUGGAGAUGUGGAGACGCAGGCUGGCCUGUUGCUUUUGGGCCUGAACAUGCAGCGUGACAUCUUGGCUAAAGCAUCUCAGUGUCAGCAGCCAGACGAGAAGGAUCUUUCUGCGAUCUUAGCUCCUCUAUCCAAACAGAUUCAGGUGGUUCAAAACUUCAGAGAGAAAAACAGGGGCAGCAAACUAUUCAAUCAUCUUUCAGCUCUCAGUGAGAGUGUUCCUGCUCUUGGAUGGGUAGCUGUGUCUCCCAAGCCUGUUCCUUAUGUGAAGGAAAUGACUGAUGCAGCAAUGUUUUACACCAACAGAAUCUUAAAGGAGUACAAGGAUGUUGAUAAGAAACAUGUAGACUGGGUCCGCUCGUAUAUGAACAUCUGGACGGAGCUUCAGAACUACAUCAAGGAACAUCAUACAACAGGCUUAAGUUGGAGAAAGACUGGCCCAAAGGCUGGACCCACCACUUCUGCACCAAGCGCUCCUUCUGCCCCCAGAGCUGGACCCCCACCUCCACCUCCCCCUCCUCCACCAGCCCCAGAAUCAGCUCCCAGUGAUGACUCUGUGGCUCGUUCCCAGCUGUUUGCACAACUUAACCAGGGAGAGAAUAUUACCAGUGCCCUAAAACAUGUGUCUGAUGAUAUGAAGACUCACAAAAACCCUUCUUUGAAGUCACAGAGUGGACCAGUCCGAAGUGGACCUAAACCAUUCACAAGUCCUAAACCGACAAACAUUGGUUCUCAUCCAGCCAAACCAGCUCCCAAGAAGGAACCUCCUGUGCUUGAAUUAGAAGGCAAGAAAUGGAGGGUGGAAAACCAGGACAAUGCAUCCAAUCUGGUGAUAAGUGACACUGAGCUUAAGCAGGUGGUCUAUGUAUACAAGUGUGUGAACAGCACCCUGCAAGUCAAGGGAAAGAUCAACUCUAUAAUUAUCGAUAGCUGCAAGAAGCUUGGCUUAGUGUUUGAAGAUGCAGUAGGUAUUGUGGAAAUCAUUAACGCUCGUGAUGUUAAAGUGCAGGUCUUGGGUAAAGUACCAACAAUAUCAAUCAAUAAGACUGAUGGCUGUCAUGUUUACCUAAGCAAGGACAGUCUCUGUUGUGAGAUUAUCAGCGCCAAAUCUUCUGAAAUGAACAUUUUGGUCCCAGGCAGUGGAGGAGAAUAUAGUGAGUUUCCUGUACCAGAACAGUUCAAGACUGUUUGGAAUGGCGAGAAGUUGGUGACAACAAUUACUGAGAUUGCAGGGUAGAGGCCGCGACCUGCCUGCAGUGACAUGGGCUGGGCACCAUGUCCUCUCCAGCCCUCUGUGUUCUCUCUGCUGCUUCUUUCUUGAGGAUUACUCUAGCUGUAGGUAGGGACCUGAUCCUCGCAGCUCUGUGCUGAUAAAUCUCCUACUGUACUACACUUAAUUAGUGCCAGAAGGCCAGAGAGCUGCUUCUUCUAAUCUGCUGUCCUACCCCUCCUGUGCCAAUUAAAAGGGAGAGGCUCUGACCAUCAAACACAAUUCUGGGUAGAGGCUGGAUGACCGGUAACAUGUUAAUUGGACCAAAGUUUAAAUGGCUUAUGAGCACUUUGUAAAUGGAUCCUGUUCAUUCCAUACAUGGAAUAAUAUAGCUCCCAGCUCCUUUAUUAUUGGCCAAUGCUUUUCAGCAUUUCCAGGGUUUACUUUUUAUACAUAACUGUCUUCAGAAAUAUGCAAUGGUUUUCCCUCUUCUCUGAAUUACUGUCCUGCCACUUCUGUACUGAUUCAUAAACUAAUGUAAUGCCAAUGUACUGAACAUUUCCAAUAUGUUGUAAGCGGGUUCUACUCCGAUAUUAAGGGAACAGGAGCAGUCCUUGCAUAGACUGUGGAAUACACACAAGUUUACAAAUCAAGCAUUUUAUUAAAGAUUGAAAGU